AUGCCUCUCCUUCCAGUCGCUAUGUACGGCCUUGAGGUCCCAGCAGGAGAUAUUCUCAUUCCCGCUGUCCCAGAUUUCCCAGCUACCUUCCGCAUUACCAUGGCAGCAAUCGACCCAACUGAACCUGCCGAUGAUGCUGAAGGUGUCAAGCCUAGAUCAACCUUGAAGGUCAUUCGUCAAUCGAGUGCUGAGGAUGAUGAAGAAGACAGUGAAGAUGAAGAUGAAGGUUCGGAUGAUUUAUUACGUGCUUUGUUGGCAGAUAAUGACUCUGGAUCAGAUGAGGACAGCGAGGACGACGAAGAAGCCAAUGGUGGACCAAGCGACCCCUCCAAGUCCAAGAAGGCCCAAAAGCAAGCUGCUCUUAAGGAACUUCUUGCUUCCAUCAGCAAAGACGAUUCCGACGAAGAAAUGGAGGACGCUUCCGACAAGAAGAAGGUCGCCAAGAAAGGAAAGGCGAAGGCCGCCGCCGAGGUCGAGGAGGAGAGCGACGAAGAGAGUGAGGAUGGUGAGGGUAUUGAGGUUGAGGAAUAUGUUCUCUGCACUCUUGACCCAGAAAAUCACUAUCAACAACCUCUCGACAUCACCAUUGGCGAGGACGAGACUGUUUUCUUCAAGGUCACUGGUACCCACACAAUCUUCCUUACUGGUAACUACGUGAUUCCAGAUGAUAACGGACACAACCACCACCACGAGGUUUACGACUCUGAUGAGGAAGAUGAUGAGGACUACGAUCUCUCUCCAGAUGAGGAUGAACUCGAACUCGAGAUGGACUCGGAUGAGAGCGAUGAACUCGAUGGUGCCCGUAUUACUGAGGUCGAGUCCGAGGACGAGGCCCCAAAACUUGUCAAGGCUGACAAGAAGGGAAAGAACAAGCGCUCUGCUGAUGAAAUCGAGGAGGCCGCAUCCCUCGAUGCCAUUAUCGCCAAGGCUGCUGAAUCUGAGGAGCCAAAGCUUAGCAAGAAGCAACAAAAGAAGUUGAAGAAGAACAAUGGCGAGGCUGCUCCAGCCAAGGCAGAGGAGGUCAAGAAGGAUGCUGCUAAGGAUGAGAAGAAGGUUCAAUUCGCUAAGAAUCUCGAGCAAGGACCUACUGGAUCUGCCGCAGCUAAGGUUGACCCCAAGAAACCUGCAUUGGGCAUCAAGACUGUCGACGGAGUAAAGAUCGAUGACAAGAAGCUUGGUUCCGGACCAGUCGCCAAGAAGGGUAACAGAGUUGGCAUGCGCUACAUCGGAAAGUUCACUGAUGGCAAAGUUUUUGACUCAAACAAGAAGGGCAAGCCUUUCUCCUUCAAGCUCGGUGCCGGCGAGGUCAUCAAGGGCUGGGACAUCGGUGUUGCUGGUAUGUCAGUCGGUGGAGAGCGAAGAUUGACAAUUCCAGCACACCUUGCAUACGGCAGCAAGGGUGUCCCUGGUAUCCCAGGUAACUCCACUUUGACUUUCGAUGUCAAGCUUCUUGAGAUCAAGUAA